GAUAAGGACCCAUACAAUGACAUAUUGGUAGUUUAUACAGUGUGUUGACAUUGUGCAAUGUAUGAAAUCAUUUUAAACAUAUCACUUAUAAUAAGGAUAUUGUCGAAAGCAAACAAUGAAGAUUUUGGUAUUUCUUAUAAUUUGUUGGUGCUUCGAAUACGUUGCUCCAAUCAGUGUAAAUAAUGGCGGUUAUGAAGAUAUGUAUAUUGUUAUUAAAGACAACAACGAGGACAGUGACAUUCUUCUGGAGCGUAUACAGAAAAUCUUUACAGACGCAUCUAAACUACUGUUUACAGCCACCAAGAAUUAUCUUUACUUCGGAAAAAUCAAAGUUAUUAUACCAAAGACAUGGCAAGAAAAGGAAAAAUACAAGAAUGCCAUGAUACCCUCAGACAUCAAACAGAUAAUAAUUAUUGACAACACUAAACAAAACGAAAUAGGCACGCCAAGGGUAUAUGGGGUAAAAGCAUGUGGCACUGGAGGUUCAUACAUGUACCUUCAUUCAGAAAAAUUUAUUUUGAAAACAGGGCAAACAUCUUGGGGCAGGCAUGAUAACGUGAUAGUGCACGAGUUUGGUCAUCUACGAUAUGGCUUAUACGAUGAGUAUCCUAUUUUCAGUAAUAGUUCCCAAUUUUACCAGCACGAUGGGGAGUGGAAACCAACGAGAUGUACAGGAGAAAUUGAGGGAAAAAUUGGAAUUGGCAAAUAUUGCACGGAAAGCCAUGCAUGUGAUUAUAAAAAUACGAGAAAAAUAUUGGAUGGUAAAUGCAACUUUUGUCCCAACCAAAAUCAAAAUGAAGAGGCUUCGUUGAUGGGUUAUCAAUGGAUACAUGCCGUAAGACUUUUCUGUCAGUACCACCUGGGACAUGUUCGUUUAAAAUGUGUUUUAUAAGUGAGACUGCACUUUACGUAUAUACAAAAUCAUUUGUUAUUUUGCUAUCGUUCUUAAAUAGAUAUUUUCAUAUGUGAAGACAUAACACAUUUUGAAGCCAUUUUUUGUAGUCUCUUGGGAACUCGAAGACCUUCAAUUGUCUGAUUUGGUUCAUCAGGUCAUCGACUAUGAUUUGUUUCUCUUAACAUGCCAUGACUUUUCUGCUAAGUGCGGUGGUACGGGACAUGGACAGUAGUUGAAAUUACUAGAACUCAAUAAGACUGAGCGCGUGAAAUUUUUAGUCAUGUCCUUUAGGGCUUUCUUUAGAGAUUCGUUUUUUUUUUUCGU